AUGACCAAGGAAGCAGCAAACUUCACCAUUGAAGGAGAGCUUGGAGCGCUAUGGGAUCAGGCUGAGAAGGAAUUUCUCAGCUCUGAGACUGCAACUUCCCAUAAGACGAUGCCAAAGGCUGAAUACACUAAGCAUCCCACUGAGUGGCUCGAGAGCUUUCAAAAGGAUCGAAACAAAAAUGAGAGGCUUUUGGUAGCCUGCAGAAAGGUUGGAAGGCACCUCGAGAUCAUCCAAGCUUUCGUCAAGGCUCUAGGAUUUUCUGUUCAGGUGGCAUCAGCUGUCAUGCCAAUCCUGUCGCCAGCCUCUCUUGUCGUCAAUGCAUUUGCAUGGCUGUUCGGUUCCUUCGCCGCCGUCAAAGCAGACCUUGACAAGGUAGAGACAUUCUUUGAGCGCAUCUCAAAGCGUCUGGAGUCUCUCAUUCCUCUCAACAAACACUUGGCAGGAGGUAGGGCCCCUGCUGUGCUCCAGAAGCGCAUUGUUGAGCUUUUUGUGAGCUGCUUGGGUAUAUGCAGCGUUGGAGAAAGACAGGUUAAGAAACGACUGAAGACAUGGGUACGAAAGUUAAAAGGUGAUGACGAGGUAGAUCCAGCUCUAGACAAGUUCAACGAGGCCGACAAGGCGUUGAGAGAUUGCAUCAGCGUGAGCACUCUUGAUGCAACAUUGACUAAUCACGACAAUUCUCAUGAUGAUCUUUUAUAUCGCGACCAACUACUCGAAUGGCUCUCGUCGAUUGGCCACUCUACUUUGCAUCAGAGAAUCAGAGAACAAACUCCCCAUCUUGUCAUUGGCGGCAGAUGGCUUUUGACAUCUGAACUCUUCACAACAUGGAAAGAACACGAUGUGGAUAGAAUCUGGUAUACUGGAAAACCUGGCGCUGGCAAGAGCGUCCUCGCGUCAACCGUCAUCGAACAUUUGAGAUCAUGGGUGGAUGAAGACCCAAUGCGAAAAAGCAACACCAUGGUCACGCAUCUUUAUCUAUCAUACACCUCAAGCCCAGAUGUAAAAGACUUACUAGGAAGCAUUUUACGACAAUGUCAAGCGGAGACCAACUCCCAUCCAACCAUUGUUGCAAUGUUCCAGAAAUAUCGCCUCCAGGGACUUAUCAGUGACAAAGUCCAACCUCCAAAGCUGGAUGAUAUCAAAGAGAUGCUGAACGCAAUCAAUCAAGACAAGCGGAUGUUCAUCAUCAUUGAUGCUCUCGACGAGUUCGAGAUAAACAGCCGACGACGCCUACUAAAGAGUCUCAAGGAGAUCAAGUCUGUGGUGAAGAUCAUGGUCACCUCUCGCGUCCUCAACCAUCUCAAGUUCCUCCAGGAGGGGUUUGAAACAGAUACCAUUAAAGCAAAUGACGAGGACAUGGAUAGAUACAUCGAGUCUGUCAUCAACUCUCGCCCUUCUCUGAGCCCAUUCGCCAAUUAUCAUCAGCGCAUCAAGGAGGUGGUGAAACGUCAAUCUGGAAACAUGUUUAUUCUUGUUCGACUACAUAUGGAUGCUCUCAGUAACGUUCAACACAAAGCACAACUUGAACAUGUUCUAGAGACGUUGCCGAGUGAUCUCCAAAACGCGUACAAAGACACCAUGAUCAGAAUAAGGAGACAAGCAGAUGAUAGUUCAGUUCGCGCCACUACAACGUUGGGGUGGGUUACUUUCUCUGAGAGAUUACUCUCAGUACAUGAGCUUCAACAUGCUCUUGCCAUUGCCGAGAUCCAUGACGAUUCCCCCUUCGACUACUUACGCCAGGAGAAGGAGAUCAUCUCCGAAUGCUGUGGGCUUUUGAUUGUGGAUCUCGACGAUAUGGUCCGCUAUGUUCACAGAUCUGCAGGAGAGUUCUUUGACAGAGUCAAGCAUAAUGAAUUCCCCGAAUUCGAUGCCAAAAUAACCGUCGCUUGCAUCAAGUACCUAUCAAUUCCAGCAUUGGUCAACCGGGUAUCAGCGAUGUCCCCGAAGUUCCGUCCCAGAACAAGACUUCCACCUCAAGACAGUUUUCCACUGAAAGGUUACGCUGGCCAGUAUCUUCACAAACACCAUCGCAGGAUUGCAAAUAUCCCGGAUAAUGAAGAGGUGGCCAACGCACUUUACAAUUUUGUACUGGACGACGACAAAAGACUGUGUUACACUAAAGUUGUCUUCCGGCGCAAUUCAUAUGAAACAAGGUCAACGCUCUUGAAAGGCGAAGUCUCUCCAAUCGACUUUUUCGAUAGAGUCUAUUCAUGGUCUUCUGAACCGCUCAACGCACUUCACAUCGCUGUGUAUCUCGGCAAUUCCCGCGUUGUUGAACUUUUGAUCAAUGACAAAGUAAAUAUCAACAUGCUCGAUCCAUGUGGACAGUCAUCUCUCUCUAUUGCUCUUGACAGUGGUCUCGAUUUCAUUGCCAGUAUUUUAUUGCGCAAUGGCGCCGAGGUUGACCUCACCACUGAAAGAGGCCACGGCAUCCUACUGCAUUGCAUGGAGAAGGACUAUAAAUCUGUCAUUGAGCAGAUAAUCGGCGACAGUACCGAACGUGUACCACACCAGGAGCUGUUGAAGAUUCUCGGUAUACUAUGUUUGUUUUUCUUCCAAAGUAUCCGUGGUAUACUUUCUGCUAUCGUCACCCUUCAAAUUCAAUCUGCGCUGCCGAAGCUUGAGACUUCUAAUGCUUCAUCUCUAGACUCAAAAACAUCUGAUGAAGAACAAAAAGAGUCUUUGGAAAGUCAAACGGAACUGCUUCGAUACACGUAUGAGGGAAACAUUGAUUGCUUGGAGGCCGCACUACGUAAUUCGACGACUGAGAUCAAAGACAUAUCAGAUGGGGCAGGUCUAGUGUACACUGAUACAGGAGAAAGCGAUCCGGAUGACAUUAAGCCGCGUUAUUAUGACAGUUCGGAGUUUGGCUCUGAGUUGGACUAUGGCUCUGAAUCUGUCUCUCAUGUUUCCUCUGCCGAGUACUCCGACUCUUAUCAUGAGUCUGAUCCCACUGUGCCGGCUUCAGAGGUUGAACGAAGCUUAGUCGAAUCAUCACACUGUUCGUCUCCAAGCCAUGGCUAUCCGGAGUCCGAGGAGUCCGACGCACAUUCAGAGUCGGCACGGAUCACCCGCUUCUCAACUCAUGAAACAUCCGAUAACAAUAACGAACUCGAGAGAGGGGAAGACAAAAGAUCAUUCAGUGACGAUGAAGUGGGCGCCUGUGAAGACACGCCUUCAGAAGUAGACGAAAUUAUAGCUUCACCUUUGAACGACACCGACAAGAUCAAGGUUACUUUCCUAAGAACAGCCUGCUUUCUCGCCGUGGAAAAUGGAAAGCACGAGGCUAUCCUGAGUUUCUUGAACUUUGGGGUGUCACCUAACCUAACAAACUUACAAGGACAGUCACUCCUUCACCGAGCGACUUGGAGGGGAGACUACAAGCUUGUCGAGAUUCUAAUAGAGCACGGUGCAAAUGUUGAUCAGAGGGAUCAUAACGGCAGAACACCUUUACUGGGGAAUGCAGGUCUGAAGAGGAAACGAGUGCUCAAGUUACUCAUUAGCCAUGGUGCAGAUAUCAACCUCAGGCAGCGUGAGGGGUGUCAUGAGUUGUAUGAGGCAGCUGUAUUUGGCGCUAUCAAUGCUGUUGACUUCUUCCUUGAGCAGGGGGUCGAUCCAUCUAUCACCAACAACUUUGGAUGGACACCUCUACAUGGAGCUGCGGCCAACGGCCACUACGAAAUCGUCAAGCGACUUAUCAAAAAGGGUGUCAACAUGUCGCCACUAUCUGACACUUACGAAACACCUCUCAGUCUGACGCAAAACGGCGAAACGCAUUACGAUCAUAUACUAACAGGCUCACGACAUUAUGCAGAGGCAAUUAUGAAGACCAGAGAACUGGAUACGCAGAGGAAAAUAACGCGUAGAGAUGAUAUACAGAAUCUUCUCCUUGCACAUGGAGCGCUUACUCGUGAGGGAUUGACUGAGGAAGUGGGAGAGGAUGAAAUUGUGAGGAUUGUAUCCAGCUGGCCUGGUUGGAAGGAUGACAGUUGGUGGGAUGAAGGACGACAGCCGCCAUAUUACAGACGCAGAGGGUGA